UGUCCCUGGAGGACCGGCCGGACAUGGCGGCGGGGCGGGACGCGUGCGGGGCGCUGCUCACCUGGCUGCAGAGCUUUGACCCCCCCAGUCCGUGCGCGGCCCCCCCAGACCUGGCCAGCGGGGUCACCCUGGCGCACGUCCUGCACCAGAUUGACCCGUCGUGGUUCGAUGAGCCGUGGCUGGGCCGGAUCCGGGGGGACACCGAGAGCAGCGCCCGUGUCAAGGUGAACAACCUGCGCCAGGUGCUGCAGAGCGUGCUGGAGUACUGGCAGGAUGUGCUGGGCCAGGCCGUGGGGGAGCAGCACGUGCCCGACGUGGGGGCGGCCGCCCGGCACGGUGACCCCAAGCAACUGGGCAAACUGGUGAGACUGGUGCUGGGCUGUGCCGUCAGCUGCGAGCGCAGGGAAGAGCACAUCCAGCGCAUCAUGACGCUGGAGGAGUCGGUGCAGCAUGAGGUGAUGACGGCCAUCCAGGAGCUCCUGGACCCGGAGCCGUCGGAGCCGAUGGCGGCCGAGACCUACGGGAACUUCGACACUCAGCCCCCCUGUGCCCCCCCAGUCCGCCGCUAUUACUACCUGAGCCAGGAGCCCCCCGAGGAGGGGCAGGGGCAGCGCUGCCGGGAGCUGGAGCAGCAGGUGGCCACCCUGCUGGAGGAGAAGGGCCACCUGGCCGCCGAGAACCGCGCCCUGCGCGAGCAGCUCGAGGCCGAGGGCGCCGGCGCCGCCGCCAAGAAGCUGCUGCGGCUGCAGACGCAGGUGGAGGAGCUGCAGGAGGAGAAUUACAGGCUGGAGAGCGGCCGGGAGGAGCUGCGGGCGCGCUGCUCGCGGCUGGAGCAGGAGGCGCGCGGGCUGCAGGCGCGGGCGCAGGAGCUCAGCGGGCUGGCGGGGGAGGCGCGGGCGCUGCGCGACGAGAUGGACCUGCUCAGGGCAUCGUCGGCCCGUGCCGGGCGCCUCGAGGCGGCGGUGGCCACGUACCGGGGCCGGGCGGCGGCGGCGGGCGAGCUGCGGCGCUGGGCGCGGGCGCUGGAGGAGCGGCACGCGGCGCAGGUGCGCAGGGCCGCGCACCUACAGCAGCAGCUGGGCCGCGCCCAGGCCGGCUGUGCGCAGCUGGAGGCUGCACGGAAACAGGUGGAGGAGCUGAGCGGGCAGCAGGCGGAGGCGGCACUGAGGGCUGAGAAAUGGCACCUGGAGUUCCGGCACCUGCAGGAGCGAUUCGAGGCCCUGAGCCAGGAGAAGGAGAGGCUGCUGGAGGAGCGGGACGCGCUGCGUGAGGCCAACGAGGAGCUGCGCUGUGUGCAGGUGCAGCAGAGCUACCUGAGCCAGGCAGGUGCAGGGCUGGAGGGGGGCCCAGCCCCUCCCCGGAAUUUGGCGGCUGAGAUCCUUCCCGCAGAGCUCAGGGACACGGUGACGCGGCUGCGGCGCGAGAAUCGACGGCUGCGGCUGCAGCGGGACCAGCUCCAGCACAGGCUGGAGGCCACAGGGGCAGCUGAGCCUCGGACAGCGCAGGGGAGGCCGCAGGAGGAGCUGGUGCUGAUGGAGGAGACCCCCGAGGACCUGGAUGAGCUGCCAGAGGGAGAGGAGGAGGAAGAUCUGGAGCUCUCCAAAGCUGGAUUUAGAGGUUCCACAAGCUCGCCCCCCCAAAAACCCUCAGGACCCCUUGGGGACCCCCCUGGCACCCCCCCAUUGGCCCCCGUGCUGCAGCUCCUCCGCAACCAGCUGCAGGAGAAGGAUGCGCUGAUCCGGCACCUGGAGAACGACUGGGAGCGCAGCCGGGCGCAGCGGGAGCGCGAGGAGCGGCUGCUGGUCACCGCCUGGUACAACAUGGGCCUGGCGCUGCAGCAGCACGAGGGUGACAUGGCGGCGCGGGGUGGUGGCAGCGGCGCUCGCUCCUUCCUGGCCCAGCAGCGCUUGGCCACGGCGGCACGGCGGGCACGCCCUCACGGCCGGGCCGCCUCCUCCAGCUGAGAGAGGGGACCCCAAAAACCCCACGGGGGGACCCCAACAACCCCAUGGAGACACCCCAAAAACCACACGGCGGGCACGGGCCCCUCACGGCCGGGCCGCCUCCUCCAGCUGAGAGGGGGAACCCCAAAAACCCACGGGGGACCCCAAACACCCCACGGUGAGCACAGGCCCAUCAUGGCCAGGCUGCCUCCUCCAGCUCCGAGAGGGGAACCCCAAAAACCCCACGGGGGACCCCAAACACCCCACGGCGGGCAUGGGCCCAUCACGGCCGGCUGCCUCCUCCAGCUCCGAGAGGACACCCCAUAACACCCCAAACCCCCUCGCUCUGGGCUGGUCCCGUUUCAAACACUACAAACCUGAGCUCCUCGCCUCAUUUGGGGGGGCUGGACUUUGCCCCCGUGUCUUUUGGGGGAAUUUUAGCACUUCUAUUUUUGUAGCUGAUUUUGGGGGGGGGCUUGUGUGUGUCACCCCAUAAAAUGUUCUAAUAAAGACUCAGGAAUCA